AUGGGAAAGGCACUUCACUGUCGAGAGCAGUUUGGAGACAGGGACACUAGGACCAAGUGCAAGGCAUCACAAUGCAAAUAGCUCUAACCGUACUCGUGUUCCUUCUGGGAGUUGCCUCUCUUGCUAACGGAACCCCCAUCGGUCCCUGCGCCAGCAUGCAGGCCGUGUGCCGUUACCUGGGUCACGGAACCACGGUGAAGAUGACCUACCCCACAUGGGUCGCCUCUUGUAUCUGUGGCUCUUCUGCUGGACCAUCUGCAGAUAAUCCUGUGGGAUGCGACUGGCGCCCAGGCGGCGGGGUUCACGGCGCUCAACUCGACACUAACGGCAUGUGUAACAAUAUACAAGAGGUGUGUUCACACGUGGAUAAUGGUAACGAGGGUGUGCAGAUUAACUGGGAUGAUGGAUCGGCGAGAUUCGGCUGUGUGUGCGGGUCCGACCACGCCCCCGGAACUCCAAAUUACUCCGUCGUUGGCUGUAACUGGGUGGCCCCUACUGGUCUGCUCCUGCCUCAAACCAAGAAGUAGUAAAUUCGUACUACUGUGCAAGUGAAUGAAAUUCUACAGGACUUUAAAAUACGCUAACUUCUAUCUUAGCAAAAGCAUGAAUUAAGAAAAAAGUCUUGAAUGAAUGUAUCCUUCUAUUUAGAAAAUAAAAGUACCACAAAACAUUUGAUUUAAAAGUGUUUGUAUCAAA